UUCACUUUAUGAAGUGUGCGGUAUAAUAAAUUAAAUCGCACGACUCUUAUGGGUGAGUCAAAACGGUGUCAAAACGAGAUUUUAGUUUCGAAAAGAUUUAACAUGUUUUUCGUCUCUAGCAGUGGUCAUUGGCUCAGUAAAGAAUGGCUGCCACGAAGCUGACCCAAAUCAUUGGAGAUGGGAGAAACCGAAGAGUGAGUCAAAGAGAAAACGUCACCUCAAUCGUUUAAAACCAUAUCUGGAGGUUGGAGGAAUAAUCAACUACCAAAUGUUUCUAAGAGACGUGUUUAAAUCAACAGACCUUGACCUUUGCGCAUCUGCACGACGGAGAGAGUCUGAAACAGGCACUACGGCCUUGGUCGCAAUAAUAGACGGAUCCCAGUUAAUUGUGGCGAAUGUUGGUGACUCUCGGGGUGUCAUGUGCGACUCUAAUGGAGAUCCAGUGCCAUUGUCGUUUGACCAAAAACCUGAUAGGAAAGACGAAGCCGAAAGACUCGAGAAAGCAGGUGGGAGGGUCUCGUGUGACGAUGGAGGCAUCACUCGAUUGAAUGAUUGUUUUGCGAUAUCACGAUCUCUUGGCGACCAGGCCGAGAAACUCAAACAUCAACUGAUCCCGGACCCUGAAGUUUUUAUUUUCGAUCUCUCCAAGUAUAAGCCCAAGUUUAUAGUUUUAGCUACCGACGGUCUCUAUCAUCACUUGACCAACGACCAGGUUGUCGCUUUCAUUCAUCAACGACUCCAUGAAGAUGAUUUGGGGGCAAAAAGUUUGGUGCGUUAUGCUUACCUGCUCGGAGCUAGAGAUAAUAUCACGGUCAUGGUGAUUUAUUUCGAAAACGACAAAUGGCCUCCGAAUCCUAGGAAUAGUUGGACGACUAUGAUACCAUCGGUUGUUAGACGAAAAUAUACCGAGGUGUUCGGUUACCCAGUCGAAAAACCUUGAAGUAAUAUUUUAUUAAGCUUUCAGAAGCUUACAAAUAGUCGGGGAAAUAAGUUCAAUAGUUUAUUUAUAGAAUAUUGUACUAUUCUUGAUACCUACAAUCUUUUUAGAUAGAAAGAAAAAACUUGUGCCAAUGUUCAAUUUUUCCUAAAAAUCCAGAUUAAAGAAAUAAGAUUACCGCAACAUUGAAAUAAUCUUCGAAGAGAAGCUUAAUUUUUUAAGAUGAACCGAACAUUCUAUUAACCUUGAGAAUAACAUCAAUCCGAGAGCUGGUCGUAUUAAGCUUUCUUCAAUCUUGGGGAGCGAUUUGAGACACAAGCUUUGGAGAAUAAUAUUCCAUCAAGUUUGAGCUUAUAAAAUUACAAUAAUAUUUCUUGUUUAAUCUUGUGGCUUAAGCUUUUAAGAAUAAGAUUGAAAGAAAAACCUCGUGUCGACAUUCAAAUCUUCAAGCCACCAGAGUGUGCUGAUGCUUGUCAUCUCUUCAGGCCAAAUUUCAGGCUUUCUAAAAUUUAUUUCCCCGUCUUUCAACAUCUCAAGAUUGAGACAACCUUUUGGAAAAAAUUGCAUCAAUGAAAUUCCAAGAUUGCCUCAAGGUAAAAUUUACGAUUGGGUAAAUGGAUCUGUCGCAUCAGGCAAUUUGCAAGCGGCUCAAAUGUUGUUUCGAGAAAUUGCAUCAAUACGCAUAAGCAUAAUGACGGUUUAAUGGAAAAUAUCCUUCAAAGGCACGAUCACGAGUUGGAGCGCCUUCAUUUCUUUAUGAUACUGUACGCAUUUUUAUAGAGUUAGUUUAGUUGCCUAUCCGAUUCAAACUUAGCCAAAGUCUCUAAUUUCAUUACACGCUCUUCACACU